AUGGGAAUGAACUGCAGGAUGGAGCCCAAGGUUGGUCCUCAAUUCGACUUUGCCCUCGAGACCCCGGAGGACAUGGAGAAGCUGAAUCUGACCCCCGAUGUGGAGGCAACUCUAAGCUAUGUCUUCGAUGCUGUGUAUUGGACACGCCAGCAGGUGAAAAACAAAGUGCCAGUCAUCGGCUUCUCUGGGGCACCAUGGACUCUGAUGGGCUACAUGGUGGAAGGUGGUGCUGUUCGCAGCUUUGAUCGUGCCAAGAAAUGGCUCUACCUUUACCCAGAGGCAUCUCGCAAGCUGCUUUCUGCCCUACGAGAUAUCGUGGUUGAGUAUUUGGUGGGUCAAUUCGAUUCUGGAGCACCGCUGUUGACGGUCUUUGACACCAAUUGCGGUGAGAUCCCACCAAGGCUCUACGACGAGUUCUGUGUGCCUGACUUGAAAUACAUCGCUACAGAGGUGAAAAAGCGACGCCCCGGCGCUCUGGUCUCUGUGUUCCCCAAAGAUGGGGAGAUGGCUACAUUUGAAGACAGCGACUUUGAUGUGGUUGGAGUGAGCUGGACGACGUCUCCGGCGGAGGCGCGGAGAAGUUGUCCGAGCAAGACGCUGCAGGGCAAUCUGGAUCCUCACUUGCUAUAUGCAGACACAGAGCAGAUUCGAGAAAGAACGGUCGCAAUGGUCAAGGAAUUUGGGGUGCCAAAGUACAUUUGCAACCUUGGUCAUGGCAUGGUGCCGACGCAUCCAGUGGAAGGCCCCAAAGCUUUCAUGGAGGCAGUGGACAGCGUGUCCAGCGAGGACGCUCCAUGA